UUAAAUUAUAUUAAAUCUAUUAUAUAGUGUAUGGUAAUGUAAUGAAGAGACAAUGACUUUAUAUUUUGACAUACGUGUGCAAAAUCCCGAAACUGCUUCAAUAAGCACCCUUGCAACUUGGCACAAUAGCUACCCCUUGCUAGCUAUUGCUGCAUAUUCUCAAGAUAAGGGUGGCUUUGUAACUAUUUAUGAUGAUCAAGGGGAACCCGUGCAAGAUGUUGAAUCGCCAGAACAUGCUGUAGCACAAGUUACCGCGCUUGGGUGGCAUCCAGAAAGGACGUGGCUGGUGGCGGGAUGGGAAAGUGGAGAGUUGCGAGUAUGGUCAGGAGACACUGGAAGUCAAGAAUUCAAUGUGAUAGUGACUCCUCAUCGAGAAUCCAUCACAAUUCUGCAAUGGAGUCAGUAUGGUGGUCGUUUAGUAUCUGCCGACGCUGGCGGAUCUAUAGUUGGCUGGAAAAUAGAUUCUAGAGGACAGCUUCUCAUGACAUUUCAUCAUGAACUGAAAGACUCUUUUGUACAAAUUGCAUUUAAAACAAUUCCCCCAAAACCAGCUAUUGAUAUCAGUGGCUUGGCAAAGGCGGCGGUGGCUGGUGACGAAAGAGCGCUGGAUUUGUUCAGUUCCUGGCGUCCGAGGACCGCUGCACCAAUUGCAGUUCCGACUCAACGGGACAAUCACGCAUUUUACAUCGGUACUGCAGGCGGCAGCAUAUACUUUGUAGACGCUCAGGGACAGUGCAAACAAGUCCUCGAUACCGAUGGCACGGCAUUGCACUGUUUGUUGCAUCAUCAGACUAGAGACUCUAUCAUCGUCAUGACGGAGGCAUUAAACAUCGGGCACUUUCAAGCGGACCCAAUCAGCGGAGAGCUCACCGAAUUAACAAAGGUAAAGCUGAGUGGCAGAAGCGAUACGUCGCGUACCACUGGCAAUGCUCUAUGCUGGAUCAGUGGAAACACCUUGGCCAUGCUUACGGGAGAACUCGCUGUACGAUGUUGGGAUCUUCACACAGGUGACACGUAUGUCCUCGCGCCGCCGGAUUCGUCUAACGGAAACGUCGCCACUCCACAGGAAGUGUGCACUAGCUUGGCAUUCUGCAAGAGCAAUGAUACCUUGGCCGCCGGCACCAAUCUGGGAACGAUCUACUUGUGGAAGCGGAAGAGCCUGUCCGAGUGCGACGAGAACGCCUGGCCGAGCGUCCCGGAGUCCUGCGCGAUUCACGGCACGGUGAAGCUGCUAACGUGGGGCAUCAGUCUGUCGCGAAAUUCCCUUCUGGCCGUCAACUGCAUCACGAAUGUAUUUAUCCUGCAUCAACAGCCGAUGUGCGCCGUGUACAACGAUGGCGUUUGCGCGAGUCAGCUCACACCCACGCAAAUUCUGCUCGAGAUGGACAAGCAGACGUAUACGCUGAAGACGGAGAUUCAGGUGCAGGUGAUCGCUGUUACGAGGGAGUACGUCGCCCUCUCUUCCGGCAGACAAAUCGUCGUCAAUCACAUUAACAAGGGCGCCAGUCUCAGUACGGUUGCUCUGACGACCUUCAACUGCGACACGGAAAAGAUGUUGAUCUACGAACACACGUUGAUAGUGUUGACUCCGACGAUUAUCCAACUGCGAUCUGUGGAAGGUUCCGUCAUUCAGACGCUUCCCACUUUGCCGGAAGAAGGCGAGCCGAUCACGAUGGAGUUGACGGGACAGUAUUUGACUGUGGCAUCGCUGAACGGCAUCCUGAAGAUCUGGGAUCUGAGUAAGCACGAGGCCAAGCUGCAUACCCGAGCUAUGGCAACGUACGAGGCGAUCAGCGACUUUGCUGAAAUCAUCGAGGCGAGAUGUAAUUCAGAUUGCCGGUGCGUCUCGAUCACUGUCGCCAUGGCAAAUCUCAUGCCUAGUUCGGUGCUUUAUGUCUGGGACAUCGAAAGCGAUCAGAUUCACGAAUUCGACUUCGGAGAGUCAGACGACGUCAUUGACGAUGACUCCAUAGCUGCUCAAUGCAAAGGAAGAUUAGUAACCGCGCAUUGCUGGGAUACGGAAGAUCCCAGACUGCUGAUAUGUCGGGCUCAGAAAUUGGAAAGCCAAGGUUCCAAGAGCUUCAAUAAAGCCAAUGAUCAGACUGCACAGACUUCUGUAGUGCUGGUGUCGUUAUUCGCAACAUCAGAUCAUGGUAUCGUCGUGCAGGACGUGAAGCCGAUCACUGACGAGAAUUGCCGACUGUUAGGUGUACAGUCGCCGCAUAUCAUCAUCCUGAAUUCCGAAAAGAGUUUAAACAGGAGCAGCAAAGUCGUGCAGCUGUUAAUGAGAGACUUUGAGGAAUUGGGAGACUGCGAUUCCAUCACGAGGAAGGCGGUGAUGGACUUCAGUUAUCACAUUAGCGUGGCGAACAUGGACGAGGCGUUCAAAGCCAUCAAGUCCAUCAAGAACGAGGCUGUCUGGAAGAGUCUGGCGAAAAUGUGCGUGAAAACGAAACAAUUGAACAUGGCACUUCUAUGUUUGGGCCACAUGAAGCAAGCGAAUGCUGCGCGAGCUCUACGCGAGGCGAUGCACAACGACAGCUUGAGUUUGGAAGCACAAGUAGGAAUUCUGGCCGUCGAGCUUGGCCUUCAUACCGAUGCCGAACGUCUGUUUCGCGAAGCAAAGCGUCUGGAUUUACUGGGGCGGCUGCUCGAGGCGCGGAACAAAUUCAAGGAAGCGAUCGAAUUGGCCAGCAGCGAGAACAAGAUCCGCGAGAAGACGAGCUACUACAACUACGCUCACGCGCUGGAACAGCAGGGUAAAGUGGCGGAGGCUAUCGAUAUGUACACGAAAGCGGACUGCCAUCAGUUCGAAGUGCCCAGAACUUUGACCAGACCUCGAGAGUUGCUCGCUUAUCUCAACAAUUCCGAAGAACAGGAGAUCAAAAACUGGCACGCCCAGUACACGGAGUCGACCGGUGACAUGGAGAGCGCUCUGCGCCUGUACGAGCAAGCGAAGGACACUCUGUCGAUGACGAGGCUGCUUUGUUAUUUCAAUCGGGAGGACGAGGUGUGCGAAUUAGUAACCAGAACGGGCCACGCCGCGUCCGCGUAUCAUCUCGCCGCGCACUACGAAUCGAAGAAUAAUGUGACGCAGGCGAUCCACUUCUACACGAUUGCCAAAGCUUACACCAAUGCGAUUCGACUGUGCAAGGAACACGAUAUGCUGGAGGAACUCUGGCCGCUGGCCAUAUUGGCGUCGCGACACGCGCAGAUAGACGUCGCGAAGUAUUACGAGGACAACGAACAGCCGGAUCGCGCGGUGCUGCUGUACCACAAAGCUGGUCUUCUGCACAAAGCUUUGGACGUCGCGUUCAGAACGCGGCAGUACAGCGCGCUGCAGUUGAUCAUCAUGGACGUGAAUGCGGACUCCGAUCUGACGCUGAUUCGCAAGUGCGCCGAUUACUUCAUGCAGAACGAUCAGAUCGACAAGGCGGUGGACCUGCUCGCGACCGGUCGUGACUACAUGGCGGCCUUGGAGCUGAUCCAGCAGCACAACAUCGCGCUGAGCGAGGAGCUCGCGGAAAAGCUGACGGUCGAGAAAGGGAGCGACGGCGACGCCGAGCAGGAACGUCUGAGGAUCUCCGCGCUCGAGAGAAUCGCGGACAUUGCUUUCGAUCAGGGAAAUUAUCACCUCGCGACGAAGAAGUUCACGCAGGCCGGCAACAAGCUGCGCGCCAUGAAGGCGCUGCUCAAGUCGGGCGACACCGAGAAGAUCUGCUUCUUCGCGCAGGUCUCGAGAAACCGCGAGAUCUACAUCAUGGCGGGCAAUUAUCUGCAAUCCCUGGACUGGCAGAAUCAACCGGAGGUGCUGAAGAACAUCAUCAAUUUCUACUCCAAGGGCAAGGCGAUGGAUUUGCUGGCGAAUUUCUACGUGGCGUGCGCGCAAGUGGAGAUCGACGAGUUUCAGAAUUACGAGAAGGCGUUGGACGCGCUGAAUCAAGCGAGCAGAUGUCUGAGCAAGGUGGUGACACCGCGGGAUCCGGAUGUUCACAAGCGUGCGGUGGAGUUGGUGAACAACAGGAUGUCGGCGAUCAAACGCUAUCUAGACAUUAAAAGAUUGUUUAACAGAGGCGAGACGGAGACGGCGAUGCAGCAGGUGCGUCACUUACUGGAUUCCCAAGGACCUAAUCUGGAACAAUCGGUGCGUCGCGGUGAUUUGUUCGCGUCGAUCACACAGCAUUAUGCUAAUAUAGGAGACACUGAAAAGGCUUGGGCCACCAUCGAAGAAUUAAAACGCUUGGUACCAGGAAUUAAUUUGAGUUACUAUUUUAACGUAAAUCUUCUCGAGUCGUUGGGUUAUAAGAUGAAAGUGCAACGCCAGGACAGUUCUGAUAAGGAUGACGGAAUUGAAGAGCUUCUAGGAGAAUAAGUCUGCAUUAAAAUUGAUUCGAAAUUGCUUGACGAAUUGUGAAACGAAAAACUGCGCGGUAAGUGCAGCGUGCAAUCUUUAUUAAUAAAAAGUUACAUCCAAGAUGAGUGCAAAGAUAGUACAGAUAUGUGAUAGCAAAAUUUGUAGUAGCGUUAACUAGGUUUAAUCUUUAGUUUUGUUCUCUCUCAGAAUUUUCUUUCCUCUGUUUUCUCUCUGAUCGCUGUCGUUUUUAUCGUGUUUGACAGCAGAAUGUAUGGUGAAAUUUGUCCAGCUUUUCUGAUCACAAAAAUCAAUCCUAAUCAACUUUCUAGCGUGAAUCUUUUUUGAUUUAUUUAGAUUUCUCUUGUUAUAUUUCGGCAAUAAAUAGAUGACAGAAGUAAACUUUCAAUUUGCGUAUAUAGUAAAUAUUUAAUUUAUUAUAUAUAACUUUUUUAAAAUAAGUUUAAGAAAGUAUAUUAUAAUUGCGCAACUAUACUUUUUAUCCUGCUUUCUGCAGAGUUAUUUAAUUAUUUGUAUUUUUUA